AUGGCUCCUGCAGCCACCGACAGCCCAGCUGCCCCAGGUGUCGAGGAGAUCAGACAGCCGCCUUCUGGCGUGGUGAAGCCUCCCCGAGAUAUUCAAGUUAUCAUUGAAAAGACUGCUGGCUUCGUUGCGCGAAAUGGCCCGGUCUUUGAAGAUCGCAUUCGCGAAAAGGAAAAACAUAACCCGAAGUUUUCAUUCUUGAGUCCCAAUGAUGCGUACGCUCCGUUCUAUACCUGGAGACUACAGGAAGUUCGUGAAGGCCGAGGCACUGCCAUUUCAGCGGGGAGAGCUGGGGAGGCUGCUCCUGCAAAGGAGCAAGAGAGACCGAAAGGCCCCAGUCCGCCUCCGGAAUUCCACUUCUCUGCGCGCAUGCCGAACAUUAGCGCUCAGGAUCUGGAAGUCGUGAGAUUGACCGCAUUAUUUGUGGCAAAGAAUGGCAGAUCAUGGAUGACCAACCUUGCCAAUCGAGAAAGGAACUUCCAAUUUGACUUCCUCAGACCUCAGCAUUCCUUUCAUCAAUUUUUCAGCCGUUUGAUAGACCAAUAUACUAUACUUUUGCAAGCAAGUAUAGAAGGGGAGAAAGCGAAAAGAGCUCGUAUGUAUCAGCUGGAGCAGUAUUCCAACGACAGAUUUGCCAUUAUGGACCGAGCAAAGCACCGAGCGGCAUGGGUCAAAUGGCAGGAGGAACAAAGGCAGAAAAAGGAGGAGGCAGCUGAGAAGGAGCAGAUUGAGUAUCAGCAAAUUGAUUGGCACGACUUCGUUAUCGUCGAGACCAUUCUCUUUGACGAAGCAGACGAUCAUGCCGAAUUACCACCCCCUACAUCCCUGAACGAUCUCCAAUCCGCCUCUCUUGAGCAAAAAGCCGCCAUGUCGCUCCAGCCUCACGAUCGGCGUAUCGAAGAAGCAAUGCCAACCUCAGACGAUUACGGCCUCUACUACGGCCAGCAGCAGCAACAACAACAACAGCCGCUACAACCAUCCUACAACAUGCCCUUACCUACUUAUGACUCCUACGACCCUCAACAACCCUCUAUUCAGCCAGCUGCGAUGCCACCACCUAAUCUCCCUCCACCAUCCUUCCAGAACCCCGACGAAGACCGCGCAAUCGCCGACCGUGCUCGCGCCCGCGAACAGGCGCAGGCCGCGCAAGCCGCCGCCAAGGGUAGCACCGCGACCCCAAUGCGCAUAAGAGAAGACUACGUCCCCCGCGCACAAGCGAAGCGACAAGCGAUCCAGACCGCCAUCUGCCCGAACUGCCACCAAGCGAUCCCGACCACAGAAUUAGAGCAGCACAUGAAGAUUGAGCUCCUCGAUCCGCGCUGGAAGGAGCAGCGACAGAAAGCUGAGUCUAGAGCUACGACGACGAAUCUGUCCACCUCGGACGUCGCUGCUAAUCUGAAACGGUUGGCGAGUCAGCGGAGCGAUGUCUUUGAUCCCGUGUCCGGACAGCCGAUCACGCCGGAAGAGGAGGCGAGGAGGAAGAGGGCCGCGAUGAGUGGGUAUGACGGGCAGGUGGAUACGAGUAUGGGGAGCGCGAACGCGGCGGCGAAGAAAGCGAUGGCUGCUGCCGAGGCGGAGAGGGAGAAGGAACGGGAGGGUAGGGAGAGAGGGAAAGGAGCGAGUCUUGAAGAGCAGCUUCGGUUGAUACACCAGAUGGCCAAGGGGUAG